GGGUUGGGAUGUGCAAGGGUCCUGGGUUCAACCCCCAGUACCAAACAAAAACAGUUUAGCAGAAGGUUGUGUUUAGCAAAAACACAGUUGGGAGGAGAGUCCACAAUUGAGUUAAAUAUAGGUCAAAUCAUAUGGAGAUAGCAAGCUAUUUUUUUACAGUCUAAACCAUAUUCUGGAAACAGCCACUGAAAGGUUUUAAAUAAGAUGACACAACUGGACUUUCAUUUUUUAAAAUUCUCCUUCGCAGAAAGGAUUGGAGAGGAACAGGGUUAAUAACAAGGAAAAUAGAUAGGCAACUACAGUAAUGGAGACAAGAAUUUACAGUGAUCUGAACUUGAACUCGGCAUUGAAGGUGGAGCAUAGUAUUUUAAAAAAAAAUCAAGACUUAAGCAAUUGGAUGAAUUCUGAAAGAUAAGUCCCAGGCUUCUAACUUGGACGGCUCAAUGGAUGGUGAUAUCUGUCGUUCCAGCCCUAAGGACAGUAUCACCCAGGUCUCCAACAUGAGCAGUAAGCUCACUGGAAUUUGUAAGACCAGCUACUCUAGUCGUCGUGCUUUUCGGUGACAUCAGUGAAUGCACCUGUCUUCACAAAGGCAUAUGACAUGGGGGCAGGUACCUCAGAUGCCAUCUUUUAGUGCUGCAUUGCAGGCUCUGCCUCUGCCGGUAAAAGGGCAGCUGGGUUGUGGCUCCCAGAUCAUGGCCACUUGGCCUCGGUGACCUGAGUGAUCUACAUACUUUUCUUUGCUGGGAAGACUAUGUUUGGUGACAUCUUCAGUAAACAUGGGACAACCCUUUACGGAUUUCUUUCAGUUUAUUAUGAGCAUUCCAGACACGUCAGCCUCAUCGUCAAGUUGCAGGUCUUCAGGGAAGAAACAGAACCUUGUCCGUUUACUCAGAAACCCACACUAUGGCAGCCUUAUUAACGCAAAUGGCCAAGCUGAAGUGUGGACAGAUUGGAAUGAUAUGUCUAAGUUUUUCCAGUAUGGAUGGAGAUGUACCACUAAUGAGAAUUCCUAUUCUAACCGAACUCUGAUGGGUAACUGGAACCAAGAAAGAUAUGACCUAAGGAAUAUUGUGCAGCCAAAACCUUUGCCUUCCCAGUUUCAACACUACUUUGAAACAACAUAUGAUUCAAGCUACAACAGCAAAAUGCCACUUUCAACCCAUAGAUUUAAGCGAGAGCCUCACUGGUUCCCAGGACAUCAACCCGAGCUGGAUCCUCCUCGAUACAAAUGCACAGAGAAGUCAACUUAUAUGAACAGUUAUUCAAAGCCUCAAAUGAGGCAUCACUUAGGCUGUGCGUGGGUUACAAACGCUGAUCAAUCAUAGGAGCCAGGGUUCUAAUAGAAAAUAAGCUCCACCUUCCAGAAUAGA